AUGCCUGUAGGCAAGUACCUGGUGCCCCAACUGACCUUAUGGAGCUGUGGCCGCCGGCGCUGUGGGCCAGAGCUCCCCUGGAACACUUGCUGGGCUGUUGGUGGGAAAUGGAGUGUCCCACAGAGGCUGUUAAAUAUUUUGAGAAGGUGUGGAAGUACUGUAUCUUCAACUUUGGUAGAGAAGGCCAGAGUGUUUUUACAGUACGGCUUUGCUUACCAGCAAGGGUGUAUCAGUGUUUUCAUUGAGCCACAACUGUGCCUAUGCUUGGAAUUGCUGGACUUUAUAAUUUCUGAUAAUCUGUGGGCGUGGAGUGAUAAGUAA